AUGGCUCCCAUUAUUGCACCCCAGAUGGCCUUCCGUGCAUUCAGAGCUGCUCCUCAGCCAGCUCCCUGGGCGAGACUCACGGCCCAACUGCCCCGCUCCCGGCCUGCCUUCCGCCGCUUCUUUGCGACACCUGCGCAGGAACAGCCGCGUCUGCGCCUGGGAUCGACUGCUCCCAACUUCAAGGCUCUGACCACCACGGGCCAGAUCGACUUCCACGAGUUCAUCGGCAACAGCUGGACCAUCCUCUUCUCCCACCCCGCCGACUUCACACCCGUCUGCACCACGGAGCUUGGUGCGUUUGCCAAGAUGAAGAAUGAGUUCGAGAAACGUGGUGUCAAGAUGAUUGGCCUGAGCGCCAAUGACCUCAGCUCCCACGAGGAGUGGAUCAAGGACAUCAACGAAGUGUCGUCCACGAGCGUCGAAUUUCCCAUCAUCGCCGACGCCGACCGCAAGGUCGCCUUCCUCUAUGACAUGGUCGACCAGCAGGACUUGGACAACAUUGACGAGAAGGGCAUUGCGUUCACCAUCCGGUCCGUGUUCAUCAUCGACCCGAACAAGAAGAUCCGUCUCACUAUGAUGUACCCGGCCUCGACGGGCCGCAACUCCGCCGAGGUGCUGCGGGUGAUUGAUUCGCUGCAGACGGGCGACAAGAAGGGCGUCACCACCCCGAUUGACUGGCAGGUAGGCCAGGACGUGAUCGUGCCGCCUUCGGUGUCUACGCCGGACGCGAAGAAGAAGUUCGGGGAGGUGCGUGAGGUCAAGCCCUAUCUGAGAUACACCAAGAUCUAG